UAUUAUGCAAUAUGCAUACUCGGCUAAUUUAAAUUUUCAAUAUUCGAAUACUUUAUUUUCAAUUUCUGAACAACUCGAAUUAUUCUUUGAAUUUAUAUUUUUACACGACGAAUCUAGUCAUUUCAACGUUGAAGAUCAUUGGUGAGAAAUCUCUGGUUUGAUUUGAUUCUUGUAUCAAUCACAGCAAUGUCGCUGGUUCGGACAGCGUUGAUCGCUCUUUUUCUGGUCGCUUUUCUGCAAAACGCUGCGGCUCAGAAAAGACCGCAAAGUAUUGUUAAGCCUCGUGGUGCGGUUGCAACUGACGAUGGACGGUGUUCUGAGAUCGGUAUGAGUGCUCUUCAACAAGGAGGAAACGCUAUUGAUGCGUCUGUGGCCGCUGCUCUCUGUUUGGGUGUUGUGAGUCCAGCCUCUAGCGGUAUAGGAGGUGGAGCGUUUAUAGUGGUUAAGAUAGCUGGCGGGGAGGCUAUUGCUUAUGAUUCUAGAGAAACAGCUCCUCUACGUGCCACUGAGAAUAUGUAUGGGAGCAAUCCUGAUCUAAAGAAGAAAGGAAUCUUAUCAGCAGGCGUUCCAGGGGAACUAGCAGGAUUAUACACAGCUUGGAAACAACACGGAAAGCUCCCAUGGAAGCAGUUAGUGACUCCUGCAGAGAAACUUGCAGAAGGAGGAUUCAGGAUUUCAAAGUAUCUCUACAUGCAGCUGAACGCGACAAGAGCAGAUGUCUUGGCAGACAAAGGUCUCUCUGAGCUAUAUGUUUCUAAUGGACAGUUCAAGAAACCAGGGACGAUUAUCCAUAACAGAAAAUUGGCUUUUACACUCAAGCAAAUAGCUGAGAAUGGUGAAAAAGCGUUUUACAAUGGCACGGUGGGUGUUAACCUAGCGAGCGAUAUUAGUAAAGCUGGAGGGAUAAUAACUUUGAAAGAUCUGCAAAGUUAUAGAGUUAAGGUUAGAAAACCGUUGUCCGCAAACAUUCUCGGAUACGAACUACUCGGUAUGCCUCCUCCCUCAUCAGGUGGCGCUGCAAUGAUGCUUGUUUUGAACAUUCUUUCUCAAUACGGGAUUCCAUCAGGUGUUUCGGGCUCUCUUGGUGUUCAUAGACUAAUCGAAGCUCUGAAACACGCUUUCGCGGUUAGGAUGAACCUUGCUGAUCCAGAUUUUGUAGAUGUUACUAAGGUUGUUUCAGAUAUGCUGUCUCCGGAAUUUGCAAAAGACUUGAAGACCAAGAUAAACGAUGACAAAACCUUUGAUCCAAAAUAUUAUGGCGGCAUGUGGAAUCAAAUCAACCAUCAUGGAACAUGCCAUUUCUCGAUCAUAGAUAGCGAGAGGAACGCUGUUUCGAUGACUAGUUCAGUAAACGGUUACUUUGGGGCAGUGAUGCUAUCUCCAAGCACUGGAAUCGUUCUAAACAACCAAAUGGAUGAUUUCACGAUCCCAGCAAAGUCCAGCGGUGACCUAAAUGUGCCUCCUCCAGCACCGGCUAGCUUCAUCAGACCCGGGAAACGACCAUUGUCCUCAAUGUCACCCACCAUUGUGCUCAAGGACGGCAAAGUGAAAGCUGUGGUGGGUGCUAGCGGUGGAGCGAACAUCAUCGCCGCGACAACAGAAGUUUUCUUGAAUCAUUUUUUCCUCAACAUGGAUCCUCUUUCUUCUGUUUUGGCUCCAAGAAUCUACCAUCAGCUGAUACCAAACAAAAUUUCGUUUGAGAAUUUGACGACAGUGUUCGGUGAUCAUUUCGAGAUACCUAAAGAGACAAGAGUUGUGUUGGAAAAGAAAGGUCAUGUUCUAACGCCAAUGACCGGAGCGACGAUUGUUCAGUUCAUAGUUCAAGAAUCCGAUGGAAAUGUCGGCGGAAUGAGUAAGCUUCUGGCAGUUAGUGAUCCAAGGAAAGGAGGGUUCCCCUCAGGAUAUUGAAUUAUUGAGAUUGUAUUUAGUUUUGCUGCCAUUUAACAUUUAUUGACGAAUAAAAUAAAUAAAAUUUUGUACUGUCUUUUUCUUUCUUUUUGCAAUAAUGUUGAUCCAGAUAUAUAUGUAUAUUUCUACAAUCUUAAUAUGGGGAAUAUAGGAAUUAGAGGUUCCAUUAAACAACCAACCUUAAUUCUCAUGUACGUUAACGUUAGUGUGGGUUUGUGACGUAGGAGCUACAUAUAAGUUAAGUUCAUUUCAUUCAUAGCUAGAUCAUAUCA